AUAGUCCAUUUUUUUUGACAAAGCAACAAGCGAUUCUUGGAAAGACCAACUCCGGUUUUCUGCUGAUMGUUGGAUUCAAUGGCGGAAAGUGAUGUAUUCUCCUUUGUCAAAGAGGAAGAAUAUGAAUUAAUUUUAGGGAAUUCACUCAGCAACAAAAGAAGCGAACAAGAUAGCGUAUUUCAUACCGUACGAUAUGAUUUUAAGCCAGCUUCCAUUGACUCAACCAAACCUGGUUCCCUUGCUGUUGGGAAUAAAAAUGAUGUAACAGUUGAAGUUCCACAUAUUCAGGACUCUGGAAGUACAACAUACAAUGGGUCCAAAAGACUUUGCCAAAAAGAAUUUCUUCUUAUUGUGGAUAAAAAGUCACAGACAUUGACRUUAGAGCGAAUAGAAUCCAACAUGCAAGUCAAAAAAAUAAGGUCGCAGUCGUCCAAAAGACAGGAAACAAAUGCUAAAAUCGAUACCAAGUCCAAAUCUCCAGAAAAAGAACCAAAUCUUACUGCUUCACCYUCAUCAUUGCUGGAAUCAAGUAAGAUGGUAGCAAAGGAUUCCUCGUCUGACAGCAGCGAUAUUUCUUCAGAUUCAGACGAUGAAAAUAGGAAUAUYAGCGAUAAUGAAGACGACGAUGAUGAUGACGAUGAUGAUGAUGAAAUUGAUGAAAAACAUGUCGAGCAGCUGAACAAUUUUCUUAACUUCAUGUGAAAAUCACUAAUAUUAUUAUAUCAUAGAAACAGAGUAUUUUAGAACAAUUGGUUAGUGUAUCAGGAGGUUCCAUGUUGUUAAAAGACUUUUGCUUAUUUUCGACCAAUGAGYAGUCUUGCAAGCAGGAAGUCCACAGAGAACCAAAGUUACAUAAUAAAUAAGCAUUAAGGAUGAUAUUUAAAGCAAAUUUUUGUCUAGUCUUUCUGAAACAAGUGAUGCGAAUACUGAUAGAGGUGACUGAAGAAAAAUCAGUGACACUCAAUAAGGACAUAGAUGCUCCUAGUAAUGGGGUCCUUAUUGUAUCCAGUAGCAUGCUUACAGCAGGGUAACAAUAUUUAAUUGCACAAGUGCUAUAUAGUGAAUAAAUAGAUUGUAUCAUCAUCAAAGUUGUUAUAAUGGAUAAUGGAAAUGAGAACAGGAUGGCUUUGAAAUAUUUCAUCCAAGAUAAUACAAGGACAUCCACUCUGCAAACAGAUCUAUUUUUCUCACUUGUCGUAACAGAGAGAAAAUAUCUCUGCCUGGACAAGUGUUUCUGUUGGGUCUAGUCGUAAUUGGGGGCUUUAGGCAGUCAUGUAUUCAGCAAAAGAUUUUGAUUAGUUUGAAUAGUUGAAAAUGGAAAUAACUUCCUGAGGUAUUUUCCAAUAAAAUCAUGUGGUAUAAACUAUGA